ACAUUAUAUAGAUAUGUUCAAAGUUGCAUUAAAACUCCAAAAGUCUGGAAUUGUCAUCGAAAAAAAAGUAUACAAAGAAUAACCACGUCAAGUAGAAAAAAUGCAGACUGCAUUCGUCUUUUUAUGGAUCUAUUUCGUUCCUAAAGUGUCAUGUGAAGGUUGUCUUGAAUCAAUUCCAACCAUAACAGUCGUAAACAGAUGUCCAAAAAACACUACCGAGUGGAUCAAAAGUAAGAGGAGAAAACAGUGCCACUUGGUUAACCAGAAUUGCACAACUCUAGAAAGAUUUGAAUACCAUUGUCUACCGGACAAAUACCAUGAAAGUUUUAUGGAAGUAUGUGCUCCAAGAAAAAAUAUAGUUGGUGGACACUGUCCAUUCUAUGAUGAAGAGGAAAACAGCGUGGCCAUGAAUCUCUACCAGUCGUGCAAAGGACAUACGACGCCUUGCCCAGAUUUGUACAAUUCAAACGUAGCAUAUAGAUAUCAAGAAUGUUACACAGACGCACUAAAAAGCACCAAGGACGAUAACAAUGAAAGUACUCUUUCAAAAAUGGUUUCAGUGUCAACUUUUGCAUUCCACAUCCUGAUAACCAUAAUUCAAUUAUCAAUGUUAAUUGCAUUUGUGUACUUCAUAAAGAAGCAUAAACGUAUACCUAAAGAUUGCAUUGCAAUGGGAGAUUUGAGGAGUCAACAAAACACAAAAUCAACCACGUCAUCCAGACAAAACAGUGAUGUAUCGAUUGGCAGCCAAAUUAAUACAAUGCCAAGCAGGUCAUUAAGUGAAAAUAAUUAUAUAUCAAAUUCAAAUAGCAGUCUUGUAUCAAAUCACCUUUAAUUCAAAAUAUCAAUCUCUGGUAUGUAUAAAUAUAUAAUACACUCUGCCAAGGAAACCACCAAUCACACCAAAAACAGUUAUAAUGCCCUCACGGAAGAAUUUAUAUUUCAUAGGAAAUAGUUAUAUCGCCCUCCUUAAAACUGUUUUUUCAUCCUCGUGUGCAAUUAUUCUACUUAUUCAUUACAUCGGAUUUGAAGAGCCAGUUCCUAAUCAAGCGUAUACUAAACAGCUAUCCAACAAAUAAAAUGUUGGAACAACGUCUGUGAUUCGUUUUAAAUUAGGAAAUAAAUAUACUUUAAUUGUUUAAUUGAUUAAAAAAAUAUAUAAUUACAAUGAAAGAAAUAAACUCUAGCAUGAGCGUGCUGAAAACAACAAACGUCAACUUGGUCUUUACCGGGAAAAAUAAAACAGCCUUUUGAAAUCCAAGUCAGCCCAAUACAGCAACGUAAAAGCACAUCAUUAUUUAAUUGAUCAAAAUUAACAAGCAUCAAUCGACUCUUUAUAAUACAUUUUUCAUUGAUUUGUAAAAAGUGAACAUUUAA